AUGGCAGGGAAUCCACAGAAAAAUGACAGUGAAAGUACCAAGAUUAUUAUCGGGAAACUGAUAGAAAAAGCUAACUCGUCUAUCAGACCUGUUAUUUCUGCUUUUGAAUGUUUACAGUCUCGUUCAGUUAACCUUCAGCGACUUAAUCAAUUUACGGUUGGAAUACUUGAAAGUUGUGCUGAAUUUCUAGGAAUUGCUCUUGCUGACAAGGACGAUUUGAAGAUUUUCACUAAGUCAUCUCUUGCCAAUCGCCUUUAUCUUGGUUUUAUGGCUCUGAUGCCUGGAAAGUGUGGAGAGUGCGGUGAUAACUACGUGAUUGAUCAUGAUCCUGAGUGGAAAAAAGAAGAUCAACGGGAACUCUUGCCCUUCUACUCAUCCAAGGGUCUGCAAUCAGUACCGAGCAUCUGGUUUCACGGGAAGGAGUGGUUCAGUGGUUGUAAAGAAGUCUCGGUGUCGGAAACUUACGACGACAGCAUUUGCCAGGGGAUCUUUAAUGUCUACCCUUCUGCUAAACUUUGCAUAGCAGUUGCUUAUAGGCCACCUGACGCAAGCUCAAGUAGUUUCUCAAAACUAAUUGAUAGAUUUACAUUCGCUAUUGAGAACCUUGCACCUAGUGGCUACGACGUCUUUAUAACAGGCGAUUUCAACUUUCCCCAGAUUGACUGGGAAACACUAAACAUCAUGAGCGGUGGGACCUCUGAUUCAAAUCUCUCCGCCCAAUACCUGCUAAACUUCAUGUCAACCCAUCUGCUGAGUCAGGUGGUUACUGUUCCAACCAGGGGAAACAGUACACUAGACCUCGUCUUGUGUAACAAUGAUCGGCUAGUAUCUGAUGUAACUUGUGAAGCAACAGAAAUAUCUGAUCAUGACAUGGUUAAUGUACUGCUAUCCUUUAACCCUGGUCUGAUGGAGAAGGCUCAGGCUUCAUAUCUUGACGAAAUGAGCUUCCGAGCCCUAGACUUUAAUCGGGCAGACUUCGAACCGAUUACUGAGAUCCUGAACAGAGUGAAUUGGAAGGACUUGAGAGACGCAAGCACUUUUGAAGAAUUUCCCGCAGAGUUUACACGGACAGUGCUUAAUAUAUGCCUGGAAAAUGUUCCUCGGAAACGACCACCAACUGGCCAGCCGAAGCUUUAUAAUUCGCUGAGAAGGAAGAAGUCACGACUUAAAACCCGUCUCUCUGCUGCAAAGUGUGCCAAUGACCUAGCUCGAAUCAAGAAACUUGAAGACGAAAUUGGAUUAAUUUGCUAUGAGAUCAAGGAAGCUAUAGUCCACCAUCUUGAUAAAGGUGAAAAGAGAGCAGUGGAUAAAAUUAAAGUCAAUCCUAAAUACUUUUACUCAUACGCUAAAUCUUUUUCUAAAGUUAAGCACAAUAUUUCAACUCUUCUAAACCGUGAUAAGAAACUGGUAACUGAACGGAAAGAGUUAGCUAAUAUACUGCAGCAACAGUUCUGUUCUGUCUUUAGUGACCCCAACUGCCCUGAUAAGUCACUACCUACAUUUACAGUACCACCUCUCACUAGCAGGGAUACAGAACUGGUACUCACACCUAACCACAUCAUGGAAGCUAUAUCUGAGAUUAAGCUGGACUCUGCACCCGGACCCGAUGGUAUUCCUACUAUUCUCCUCAAAAGAUGUGCUUCAAGCUUGAGUGUUCCGAUUCAUCUCCUCUGGUCUGAGUCCAUGUAUACAGGCAUAGUCCCAAAUUUCUACAAGACUGGAUAUGUCACACCGCUUUUCAAGAAAGGUAGCAGGUGUGAUGCUGCUAACUACAGACCGGUUACUCUGACCUCACAUGUAGUCAAAGUCUAUGAAAGAGUGGUUAGGAAACACAUGGUUCAGCAUCUCGAAACCAACAAUUUGUUAUCUGACAAACAACAUGGUUUCAGAUCGAACAGAAGCUGCUUGACCCAAAUGCUCGAUCACUUUGAUGACAUCUUUGAAGGGUUUACUCAGGGGAAAGACACAGACUCCAUAUACCUCGACUUCGCCAAGGCGUUUGACAAAGUUGACUUGGACCUUCUCUUGUUAAAGUUAAAGAGAUACAGAUUUCACGGCAAACUUCUAAGCUGGAUCCAGUCAUUUCUCUCUGACCGUGAACAGGUUGUAGUCCUAAACGGUGUUCAUUCGGACAGUGCCAGGGUUCUAAGUGGUGUCCCUCAGGGAAGUGUGUUAGGACCACUAUUGUUCAUUUUGUUUAUUAACGAUCUAGAGCUAGCUGUUACCUCUUCUAAGGUAAGCUUCUUUGCUGACGAUACUAGGGUCUCCAAACGUAUCGAUUGCUUUGAGGACUGCCUGCUGCUUCAGGCUGAUCUGUACGGUAUUCUCGACUGGUCACGCUGCAACAACAUGAAGCUCCACGAACAGAAGUUUGAGCUCCUGAAUCAUCUCCACAAUAGAAAAAGUACCUUUUCUGAACUUCCUUUUUACGUGGAAACUCUACUUUACAAGGUCUCCAGCGAGGAAAUACUACAUCCCGUUGAGAACGUUAGAGACCUCGGAGUUAUGGUAUCAAGCGAUCUGAACUGGUCCAAACAGAUCGGUAAUAUGGUCAAGAAAGCUAGAAGCACACUGUCAUGGGUGUUUAGUGUCUUCAAAACUCGUGAUAGGACCGUAAUGACUACCCUAUAUAAGUCUUUGGUCAGAAGCCUAUUAGAGUACUGUUGUCCGCUGUGGGACCCUGUUAAGGUGACUGAGAUCCAGCUUUUGGAGGGGGUCCAGCGAACAUUCACCGAUCGUAUAUGCGGUCUGGAAAAUAUGAACUACUGGGAGAGGCUUUCACAUCUAAAGCUAAUGUCACUGCAGCGCAGAAGGGAACGGUACACUAUUCUGAUGAUGUGGAAGAUCCUUCACAAUGUUGUCCCCAAUUGCAGCAAUAUAAGGUUCACAAAAACAUCCAGACAUGGUACCCGAGCAAUCAUCCCUUCCCUGUCUAGGUUGAGUUCCUCGAGCAACCAGACACUCUAUGACAGCUCAUUUGAUGUAAGAGGACCAAAACUGUGGAACAAAGUGCCUGAUAAUAUUAAAGCUGAAGCUACGUUUGAGUCGUUUAAAUUUAGUUUGUCCAAGUUUAUUGCUUUAAAACCGGACAACCCUCCGACUUCCGGUUAUAGCUGCAGCUGGUCUAAUUCCCUGGUAGACUACUCGCCAUCGAGGUGGUCAGAAAUCUGA